UAAGCGAACAGAAUGUCUGUGAAAGCGACUACAGUGACACUCAAUGAUGGAUACCAGAUGCCCGUUCUGGGUCUUGGCACCUACAGGCUCCGUGGAAAAAGCUGCGUCGAAGCAGUGAAGACGGCUAUCGACGCUGGAUAUCGACACUUUGAUACUGCGUUUUUCUAUCAGAACGAAGCAGAAGUUGGGCAGGCUAUUAGGGACAAAAUCUAUGAUGGCACAAUAAAGCGCGAGGACGUUUUCGUAACCACUAAGCUAUGGAACACAUCGCACGAACCGUCGCAAGUCCGCAAGGCGUUCGACACUUCCUUGGCCAACCUUCAGCUCGACUACGUUGAUCUCUAUCUGAUGCAUUCUCCAAUAGGCGCUACCGAGAAUGCCCAGGGUGAAACCAUCCUGACCGAAGUGGAUUACGUAGAUACGUGGCGGGCGAUGGAGAAACUAUUGACAACAGGACGCGUUCGCAGUCUCGGUGUGUCCAACUUCAACAGCGAACAACUUACGCGGGUCAUCGAAAACGGUACUACCAAGCCGGUCACCAAUCAGGUCGAGUGCCAUGUUCGCCUCAAUCAGAAGAAGCUUAUUAAGUUCUGCAAGGAUCGCGACAUUGUCAUUACGGCUUACAGUCCCUUAAUCCGACCGGGAGCUGGCCUGGCUCCUUUCGGUGCUGACUCGCUCACUCCCAAGCACCCGUUCGACGAUACUCGGGUGAUAACGAUCGCCAAUCAUUACCGUAAAACGCCGGCACAGGUGCUGUUGCGCUACUUGAUUGACAUCGGCACGGUUCCCAUUCCUAAAUCGGGCAACCCGGAAAGGAUCCGACAAAAUUUGGAUAUUUUCGAUUUCGCUCUCACACCGGAAGAGGUGCUAACGCUAGAUGGAUUGCAGACGGGCGAACGGUUGGUGAAAUGGGAUUCAGCCGCAGCGCAUCCUUUUUAUCCGUUCAACGCAGAGUUUUGAAGGAGAAUGGGCUUCGAAAUGAUACUCCUAAAUUAAAUGUAGAAAUUGCGGAGGUAAAAAUCACUAUCAGUCGUAGAAUGCUCAGAGUGAUAAGGAUUGAUGACUUUUCGAUAAGGACCUCUGGAGUACAUAACUGUUGUACUUGGUUUUUAUUACGCCCCAUUGUGCAAUUCACGGUUUUAUUUGUGUAAAUGGUUUAUGUUAUUUUUGAAGAAUAAAUUUGA